AUGGAGAACAAUGGUAGAGUGUGUCUCAUUUGUAACAGGUCAUUUUUCAAUGGAAAAGCUUUGGGAGGACAUAUGAAAUCCCACUAUGCCAAACUACCAAUCCAUUCAAAAACCCCAAUCAAAAACCACGUACAUGAAUACUCAGCUGAGUUGGCCAAACAUCCAACUCACUCUAUCUCUACAUCUUCACCAUCAAUUGUUAAUCCAAGAAAUAACUCAACAUACAAUCCUCAAUCUUUGAAAGGGAAAUUCAGUUGUACCCUAUCAAACUUUGGUAGGAAUAGUGGGUUUCAGUCUUAUCGAACAAACCCAACUGGAAAAAGAUCAAAACGCAAACCAAGGCAAUUUCAUAUGGCUGAAGAUAGAGAAGAGAAUACACAAUUUAACAUGGCUGAAGAAAAAGAAGAGAACACACAAUUUAAUAUGGAUGAAGAAAAAGAAGAUAAUACACAAUUACAAUCGGUGUAUAGUGAUUUGGAUAUAGAAGCUGCUGAAACAUUAGGUGUUAUUCUUAAGAAAGAAUGGAAACAAAUUGAGGAUAAAUACUACACUGAGAAGAAAAAAGCAAGUGAAAAUGGUAACACAGUGUUCGAGUGUGAUAUUUGUCAUGAAGUGUUUCAAUCUGGUAAAGAUCUUUUCGGACAUGAAAAGAUCCAAAAUAAAUCUGACAAUUUAGCAGGAGAGAUUGGUAGAAGUGGAAACAUAAAUAAUGUUGUAAAUGAAAAGGUGCAUAAGUGCGAAUAUUGCUUUGAAAUCUUUGAAUCUGGUGAGCUAUUGGAGGAACACACGAAGGUACACCUAUACAAUUAUUAUGAUUCUGACCCAUAG